AUGGCCCUCCUAGAAGGACCUGGGCUAUUUUGCUUUGGAUUACUUACCGCCCUUUUCUGUUACCAAUUCAUUCUACGGACCCCGACUAUCCGACGAAACGGCAGUCCACUCAGAAUACCUCCAAAUACCUUACCUGUCGUAGGUAAUGGAAUCCUAUUUCUUCAACCACGCCAAAAGUUAUUCUCCUGGUUUGUCAAGUGUGAAAAGCAAUUUGGCUAUGAGACCUUUCAGAUUACAGUUCCAACCUUACCGCCAGGCGUCGUAAUCAAUGAUCCCAAGAACCUAGACUUUGUUUUCAAAAACGAGAGCAUCUUUGGUAAGGGUGACUUCUUCAAGCGGCUCUCCCGGGACUUGUUCGGGAAUGGGAUCAUCAAUACCGACGGGGAACUGUGGAAAGCUCAAAGGAAAGCCGGGCUCGCUUUUCUCAGCACCUCCAAUUUACGAGUCUUCUCAGACAUUGCCCUACCAAGGUAUCUAAGCCAGGCCGUCAAACAGUUGAGAGCUGAAGCACGAGAUGGACGCGUUGUGGAUCUUCAAACUGUUUUUCAUGAGAUCACAAGUCAACUUAUGGGGAAGAUGGCCUAUAACAUGGAAAUGCAUGCCAAUGAUGACUUCGCCGUCGCUUUUGAUUACGCUUCUGGUGCAACCACCGAGCGCUUUCAGAACCCCCUUUGGUUUAUCACGGAACCCUUCACCGGAUUCCGGUUCAGGAAGUCGCUCGAUGUAAUCCGCACUUUUGGUCGCAGAAUAGUGGACACUAGUAGCAAGUCACAAAAUGCCCAUUCCAACCCGGAGACGAAUUCUGAUAAAUUGGACCAAGUAUCUGGAAGUCUGAUACAGUUGUUACUGGAGGUCUUUGGUCACGAUCACCAAUUAGUUUCCGACGCUGCUCUCAACUACCUUUCAGCCGGUAGGGAUACGGUUGCUCAAGCAUUGACGUGGUGCAUGUAUCUACUUAUGCAGCAUAGGUAUGUUGCUGGGAAGAUACGCAGCGAAGUGCAAGCCGCUCUAGAGAAUUCCCAGGAAUUGUUCAUGGGACAAAACGGUAGCGAGAAUGGAGAAAUUAACUCCCCUAUCUUUACAACAGCAUCGCUACCAUAUACCAUGGCAACUUUCUACGAAACAUUGCGACUGUAUCCGCCAAUACCUUUUGAAAUUAAGCAGUGUGAGAGAGCAGCAACUCUGCCAGACGGCACCUUCCUUCCUGCGAAGUCUAUCGUCUUUUGGUGUACAUGGGCCAUGAAUAGAUCGAAAGUCAGGUGGGGUGACGAUGCUGACUCGUUCCGACCAGAGAGAUGGCUCACAGGCGAGGGCAAACUAAUUACGAAAAACGCGGCCGAGUUCCCUGUGUUCAACGGCGGGCCGCGAUUAUGUCUCGGAAAGCGAAUGGCAGAAGUGCUAUCUGUCCAGGUCAUUGCGACCAUGGUACUCCUAUUCGACUUCAUGCCAGCUUAUGGUGGCGAAAGGGUCAGCAAAAGCAGCCUCACGCUACCAAUGAAAGGAGGACUACCAUGUCUCGUCAAGUCCAGAGCAUACGAUACGGAAUAG